AUGGCUAAAGAUAUUUACAAUGUAUUAAUAAUACAAAAUGAUUUUGCUGAGAGUAACAAAUUUUAUACAUGCAAUAAGUUUCCGCUUGAUGCGCCACGCUAUAAAGAGAGGAUUCUAGCUGCUGGCUUUAAUAGCGCGAUCUUUGAACAUCAGUUUCGCGAUAUGCAUGGCACGAAGAUGCUGACGUACCCCGAUCAGCUGGAACCACGCACGAUGCUUUACUAUAAAGCGGAUGGCAAGCUGGAAAUGGAGGGUUACGUCGGCAGAUUGGUGAGAAUAUUUGCAGGCAAACUAAAUGCAACGCUGGCGAUUGAACAUCCCUUUGAAAUAGGUAAAACUACGUACUUCGGUGAAUUAUUGAAGUUGGCGCUUAACAGCACUGUUGACAUUGCUGCGGGUUUGACUUUUCCAAUGUCUAUAGCAGACCAGGAAGAGAUGUCCUAUCCAGUGCAUCACUUGGAUUAUUGUUAUAUGGUGCCGUUACCCGAAAAUGUGCCAAUUAAUGAGCUAUUCGUUGGCAUCGUGCGUUUACCAACACUGUUUUGUAUCUUCGUUUUUACUGUGAUUUUCGCCGCUUUACUUACACAUCUCAAUCCGCACAUGAAAAUCAAUUUUAUUAAUCUCUUUUUGAAUGAUAAAAGUAUACGCGGCAUUUUGGCGCAAUCCUUCGUGCCGGUAUUGAAACCUAAUCUAAAAGUGAAACUUAUCAUAUUCUUACUUUGCUAUAUGAGCAUCAUCACUAAUACGACAUAUCAGGCUUAUCUGCAAUCCUAUCUAACGCAACCGCCUCUAAAACCGAUGUAUCGCACUUACGACGACAUGGAAGCUGCUGGUCUCAAAGUAUUGAUUUCUGCCAAGGAAAAAUAUAUAUUAGAUAUGAACAGCAGCGUACAGGAGCACCCUGACCUCUUUGAAAUCAUAGAAGACCACAACACAUGGUUGAAGCAUCGUUCUUCGAUGAACACGAAGUAUGUGUAUCCCGUAUCGAAUGCCCGUUGGGAGGUCUUCGAGUUUCAUCAAAGCCUCUUCCAUCGCCCAAUAUUCUAUUUCAAUGCCGAUCUUUGUUUCUUUAAAAGUUCCAUAAUUUCUUUUCCGACGCGCCCAGAUCUACCUUAUCGUGAUUUAUUAGAUGACGUCAUAUUACGUCUACAUUCGUCGGGCAUUAUAAAAGAGUGGAUAUCAUUGAACUUCUUUGUUUUGGCCAAAUUGAAGUUGGUGGUAUUCGAGGAUUUAAGUAAGCCACUAGAUUCUGGAAGACCCUUAGUUUUAGACGAUUUCUUCUGGAUAUGCAUUCAAUACUUUGGCUGCUUGACUUUGGCACUAAUCGCUUUUGUUGGAGAAGUCUUGAAUUACCGUUGGCAGUAUCCGAAACAUGUGGGACAGACCACGCAAUUAGAGUACUGUAAUUAA